UGUCUAUUGGCAGAUGGCAAUGUUUAGUAUGGGGGUGUAUAUGGGGGGCGCAAACACUUUUCCUCUUUGCUUCUUUGCCUCUCUUCAUUCCUUCCUUCCCCACGCGCCCCAGCGACAACCCACGGCGGCGACGGUGAUGCCUAACGCCUUGGCUAGUUGCUUCAGGGCUGAUCUGGCCAGUAAAGGGCAAACUGCACACGGUGGCCUGACUCCCCAUCGAGGCCAUUGAUCUGGAGUCUACACUGUACAGUUCCGUCGACGCGAGCGAAAAGCCAGCUUCAAGUCCGCGUCGCAAUGUUCAGCAGAUGUCCGGAACAGAAUCCAAGAGCCUGGCAAACCGCAGGAUGUAGUAUGCACCCCGCUCUGCAUCAUGACGACGCUGCACGUGUUUCCAGCUUGCUGUGGACCGGAUAUUAUGGAUGCCAGAGUCAGGGUUAUGCGGGCUGCCAUUGUGAGUGCGUGAAGAUUCAGAACCCGUCUGCAGUUUGCAGAUUGCAGAUUUUGCUUCACUUCAUCGCGGAGUGCGGAUGUACGGUAUACAUACA